AGCCACGAAAGCUUUGUCGCUGAUUGGUUACUCGGACGGCGUUCUUGCGCAGAACACUACUGAGUGGUUCCACAACGUCAUAACUGUUUCGUUCGCUAUGAACCGGCAACCUAUUCCGCUGCAAAUUCAUUACCAACGAAGUGAUCGCUUUUAGUUCAAAGCCACCCUGCGAAGAAUAAACACAUGGAUUUCGUCGUCUCGUCAUAAGUUGAAAUACAAGUGAAAAUAUUUGUGAUAUUUAGUUUUAGUGUGCCAAAAUAAAAAUGGAUGACGACCAACAAUUUUGUUUACGGUGGAACAACCAUCAAUCGACAUUGGUAGCCGUUUUUGACACGUUAUUGGAGAACGGCACAUUAGUAGACUGUACUUUGGCAGCAGAAGGAAAAUGCCUAAACGCACACAAAGUAGUUUUGUCUGCAUGUAGUCCAUACUUCGAGGCGCUGCUGUCAAAGCACUUUGACAAGCAUCCCAUUCUUAUUCUUAAGGACGUUAAGUUCCAAGAACUAAAAGCCAUGAUGGACUAUAUGUACAGGGGGGAAGUGAACAUAUCUCAAGAUCAAUUAGGCGCGCUUUUAAAAGCCGCUGAAUCUUUGCAAAUUAAGGGUUUAUCAGACAAUAGGAAAGGGGAAACUGAACGAAAACCCACUCCUGCUCCUCCACCAAAGAGCCCACAGCCAACGACCCUGCCGAAGGUCCAGGGUUUGACAAUUGAGCAAAGAGCUCGGGAGGAUUCCAGGGAGGGAAGCAUGUCACCAGGGCCUCGAAAAAAGAAAAGGUUAAGGCGGAAAAGUGAGGAAUUAGACAACCACGAUGCCUCUAAUUCUUCAGAAUCUCACAGUCUACCCGCCCAAAGCAUUCCUACGUUACCUGCUAUUUCAAAAAUGAACAUGAACGCCGAUGUGCCUGAACAAAUAGAAACUAAAUCAGAGAUACUCACAAGGCAUAAACAGACAGAUGACAUGCCCCAAGUUCCUAUUAUAAAAGAAAAGAUUGAAACCCACACAGAACUGAUGUUGGAACCAAAGUCUGAAUAUGUAGAAGAAAUGAAUGAAGAUAGUAUUGAGGAUUUGACACUGGAUGAUGACGAUUUAAGUAAUAUGGAACAGGUAGAUGAUCAAGCAGGACCUAGUCAUGGAGCAGGAGAAGGAUCAAGUCAAGGUUUUGGAGGUUGGCAUAUGGGUAACCAAAGUCAAGAUGAAGUAUUUCUGGCCGCGCAAGAGGCCGUAGGUGCACAUCGAGACUCACAAGGUAUAACCUUCUACGCCGCAACUUUUGAAGAAUAUACGAAACUAAAAGUAUUUAACCAUGAGAAUAUAAGAUAUGGAUGUACAAGAUGUCAGAAAACUUAUUUACAGAAGAAAACAUUGGGCCGUCAUCUUAGAUUUGACUGUGGUCAGAAACCGUCGUUUUCUUGUCAGAUUUGCUCCAAAAAGUUUAAGCAUGGGUAUAUACUACUUAAGCAUAUGAGACAUACUCAUGAUAUACAGAUACAGAAACUUAGGCAGAGACAGCCGAAGCAAGAAAGUGAAGUCAUCACCAUAUUACCUAACAUCGAUAUAUUAAAGCAUUAUUAGAAGAUUUAUCAAGUUAUCUGCCCCAUGUUUUUAUUUUUCAGAAUCUAGUCUUGCAAAAGUUACCUUUUAUGUACUGGCUAUCGAUGAGUUACCAAAAAACGAGUCAUUGCAGAAGAUUAGCUUGUAGAUUAUUUUGAUCUUACGAUUGCAUUAGGUGCACAAUAAAACAAAACUUGCCAUUAAUUCUAAAUGUGACGUUAUAUUAGUUUAACAUAUUAGUUUUUGACAUAGGAAUAGACUUCCUUCAUUGUCUUUCAUAUUUCAGAUAUGUAACAUAUUUACUAUUAUUUACCCUAAGGCCCAAAAUUUUUAUUAUUUUCUAGAACUUGUUUAGUGGAUGUUUUGCGCCAGUAUUUGCAAAGGAUCGUUGACAGCCUUAAAUCUAUCUUGAAUAAUUAUUAUCCACAUAAUAACACUUUUCUGUUAGUAGUUAAUGUUCACUAAAGCAUUCACAAAAACUAUACUGGAAGAAAUUGCCAAAACUAUACCAUACGGGAAGAACAACAAGGUAUUCCGGAAAAAUAGAUCUUCCAUUGAUGCAAUAUUUGUUAUCAGACAGAUAGCAGAAAAAUCCAUAGAAUUUAAUAAAACUGCAUAUAAGUGUUUCGUCGAUAUGACAAAGGCUUUUGACAGAGUGCGAUUAAAGGACGUGUUAGAAAUAAUGGGAGAAAAGGGGCUAAACCACAUGCUAAUUAACCUAGUACACGAUAUCAACAAACAAUGUAAAACAAAAAUAAGAGUAGAACAUUUGAUAACAGAAGACAUAGUUUUAAACAGAGGAGUCCGUCAAGACGAUUCACUGAGCCCUUUCAUAUUUAAUUUAAUAAUGAACAAAAUUACAGAAAACCUUCCCAGAAUAGCUGGAUUUAAGAUGAGUAACACAUUCUUUAUAGUCGUUUGCUACGCUGACGAUGCUGUCCUUAUCGCCGAUUCCGAAGACAAUAUCCAAAGGCCACUGCAUGCAUUUAAUACUAAAGCUAAAGAGCUAAACAUGCUCAUCAACACCGAGAAGACUAAGUGCCUAGUAAUUUCCAAAGAACCGAUAAGAUGCAAAUUGGAAAUUGACUCCAAAACUGUGGAACACGUGUGUAACGUUACAAACGUCACAUCUUUGAUAUUUUAUUUUUAAAUGAUUAUUUUACUUUAUUGUCUUUAAUAUUUCAUUAACAAUAAUUUUCUUCUAUUUGUUUUACCUGUUUUCUUCGUGCCUUACGUUGGGCGCCAGUGAAACAAAAUAAGCGGCGAUUGGACUACCCCAGCUAAUUGAAAUAAUAUUCGAAAAUACCUCAAUCAUCCAAGAUAGCUAUCGUUCCACCCUUAGCUUAGCUCAGUCUCUCAGGUGUGUGUUCGUCUUGUCCUAAUCUUAGAUAUGAACUAUGAAAAUUUAGAAUGGAAGCAAACAAAACAAUAUUUUUAACUAACCACUUCAAAUAUCUUGGAGCGGAAAUAACAAGCUAUGGAAAUUCCUCAAAAGAGGUCACAGAACAAACAAUGAAAGCAACUAGAAUCUCGGGAUGCCUGAAAAAGUCAUAUGGAAGAACAAAUACCUAUCUAAAUACUGAAAGCAAAGUCAAAAUAUAUAAAGCAACAAUAAGACACAUUAUAACAUAAGCGGCAGAAACAAUACCAGACGCAAAUAGAACGUUACAAAUGACGAGAACACUAAGAAAUAUACAAGGCAAAACUCUACGUGACAGAUUAAGAAAUGAUGACAUCAGACAAAACUGUGGAAUACAGGACAUAGGAAGGUGGGUCAGACAGAGACGAAGAUAUUGGAACAAACAUAUAAAGAGAAUGGAGGACAGCAGACCCGUUAAAAGUGCAAAAACGAAUAACCCAGUAGGUAAAAGACCACAGGGAAGACUAAUAAAACGAUGGACCUCAUCGUCUGGGGAAGACUUGAUGGCAAUGAACAGGCAGUAGCGUACUAGCAUGAUCGAUCAUGCUAGAAAGAAGAAGAAGAAGAGUGAAUGUUAUUUAAACAUGUUCUGAGAAUUAUCCUUAAGAGCAUUUUCCUCAAUAAACUCAUCAACGUUUAUAUCGAUCUAUAUAAUGUGUAAAGCACUAUAAUGGUCAAGGCUAAAUAAGAGAAGACCAGGUUCUACGGUUGUAUAAUGGCCCCGAAAAAGCCAAGAAGAUCAUGACGAUACAACUACAAAUGUCUCGUUGCUCAUUAUCAGGAGCUUUAUAGGGGGGUAUGAAUGCACGUCAUAGAGAGAAGACAGACAGUUAAAAGGUAUACAAUAGUUUGACACAAAGAAAAGAAGAAAUACUGAAUUCUAGGGAACUUCAACAAGGAUACCAAUAAGUAUUAAAUUGACUCAAAGGGCUCAAAAUCUCAAAAAACAUAUCAAAGAAUUACAUAAAGAGCAAUUGACAUGUUUACGUUUAAAGGUAAUAACAUACAGUGAGCACGUAAAGGUUGGAAUAAAUUCAUUUUCUCGAGAAUGGACGAUUUUGGAAAAUCAUCCCGAAACAGGUCAAUUUUUAUUUUUAUAUUAGGACUUUUUGGCAUAUAUAUCAUAAUAGUAACGUCACCCAUCUGGGCGUGAUGGCGUCAUCGAUGAUUUUUUAAAAUGGGAAUUGGGAUCGUGUGAUAGCUCAUUUGAAAGGUAGUUCAAUUCUAUAUUCAGUAAUAUAAACAUUAACACAAUUCUUUAUACAGGGUGUCCAAAAAAAUGUUUGAAUUAUAUUUAUUGACAUAAAAAAAAUUUAUUUAAUUCAAAAUACAUUUGACUGCUCUCAGAAAACAGAAAACAAUGUUUAUUUGAAAAAUAAUCAUUGUUUUUCGCUUAAAUUAAAUGUUCAAACUGUCAAGGGAAAGGUGGGUGGCUGCUUUAAUACUGAAUUUAAGCAAAAACAAUAUUUAUUUGUCAAAUAUACAUUAUUUACUGUUUUCUGAUAGUACAUUUUUACAGAGGAUUUUUAUUUGUUUUUCUGCCAUCUUAUAUCCUUUUCCAGUACCUUUAAUGUUUUCUAUGAUUUUAUCCAUUACUGGAUUAAAAGGCGAUGGGCUCGAGUUAUCCCCUUGUCUGAUUCCCGAGUUGAUUUCUACUUCUGAUGUUAGUUCAUUCUCGACUUUUAUUCUGGUUUUGUUCUUCGUAUUAAUAUCUUUAAUUAUCCUUAUCAUCUUGUUGGGCUGAUUUUUCUCCUUUAGCAAUCUUAGCACAUCUUCCAAUCUUACACAAUCGAAGGCCUUAGAACUAUAAAGCACAUAAAUGCAGGUUUAUUAUAUUCCAAUGCUUUCUCAGCAAUUUGUCUGGCUAUUAAUAUAGCGUCUAUUGUGGACCUAUUUUUCCGAAAACCUUGCUGUUCCUCACUAAUUGUGUAUUCUUCAUUUAUUUUAUUGGCACGUAUUUUUGUUAAAAGUUUAAGAGUUGUGCUCUAUUGAUUGUGUUUAUUCAAUACUCAAAAUAGAUUUCGGUCCUCGGUCACAUAAAACAAAAACUGUUUAUUAAGUAACGAUUUACUAAGUGUUUACUGAUAUUUGUACAUUGUGCCAUAUUUUGUCUUAUUCGUGCACCUGGAAUUUACACUUUCCAACAACGAUUUAGUUUCACUAAUUAUUUUUUGUUUUGCUUUAAAGUACAAGUGUAUGGACAAAUUAGUUUUAUUUUUUAUUGAUUUAGACUUUAGGUUGAUAUAAAGAAAAGUGCCAUACUUUUAUUUUUUUAACAUCACAGAUCUAGUCUAUUAAUGCCAUAUUAUGAUAUUAUAUGAAUAUGUGAAUACGGAUGGCUUUCCGUAAUAUUCAGAAAUAAAGUGUUAUUGCCCGAUGUGUGUAUUUAAAAUAUAGGCAAACAUUUAACAUAGAUAUAGUAAUGCAAUUGUAUUGUAAGUGUAUGUAUGUCAAACGGGACAUUCAGGAUUGUUUUUAAAUUUAGUUUAAUAUUAACAUACUUCUCGUACUAAACUUUGUACUUGAUUUUGUUUUUCUUAUUUACAGUACUAAAAAUUUUUGCAAAAUAGAACCCUUAUUACAUAUUACAUUAUAUAGUGUGAUAAUAGUCAAAUUAUUUUAUAUCCAAGUUGCGACGUGUCUACUAUCGAGUGUAAGAUAUACUGUCAUUUCUGUCCUAAACGAGUUUUAAUUCUGGAGAUAUAAAACAGUUGUUCAGCUAUUGUAAAAUUAAACUUGCAUAUAUCAUUUAGUUUUAAAAAGGUACCAAAUUAUUUAGUGAAUUAAGAAAUUGUCAAAACCUUCUCUUCAGAUGUUGCGAAGCGCUGGUCGCUAGAGUGUCUUUGUUAGUGUAGAAACACACGAGCCACUCUGCAGCGCUACUGAGUGGCGGCGCCACAAAGUGGCUUAGACGGGUGAUUUUGUAGCGCCAACGACUAACGCUGCCAAGUGACUCGUCUGGAAGGUUUUUGGCGUUUAAUGUAAUCUGUGAGAAAAAAAAACAGGUCAGUUUGUUCAGUUCAAACGAUGAAUUUAGACGAGGAAAAUCUUCUUCUAGUGCUUCUAUUACGGGGUCGAAGUCGACGUCGUAGACAACGAUCACUGUGGAUGCAUCCAAUUACAUCGAGUAAAUUAUUAACUUGACAAUACUAUACAUUAAUAAUGAACGAAAAAAAGAAGACGCUGUAAAGUACUUCAAUUACUGUAGAAUAUCCAAAGGUACUUGCAGAGCUUCUUAGUUGUCUUAAAGAAUAUAUUAGAAGAACCGAUACAACCAUGAGCUGUAGUCCUGGGUUCUUGUAUCCCGUAUAGUCGGUCUAUUUCGAAUUUCGUGUAAACUCUCUUAAAAAACUACGACAGCUACAAAAGUGGUCAAUCUGAAAAGGUUUAUGCGACUUGUGGACGCCACUAGUAGCGGGGACCGGCGACUCGUCUGGAAUGACACUUUUAAUUUACAUAAGAACUUAAGCUACUUACUUAAGCUACUCUGUGGCGCUGCUUAGCAGUGCUGCAGAGUGUCCCGUGUGUUUCUACACUAAGUGAACACCGAUUUUGUUACUUUGACACUUGACACAGGUUUUUAAAAAACCAGAUGUAUCUUUCGAAUAGGUGGCAUAGGUAUGCAUUGAAUAUUGUUAAAAAUUAUGGCAUUUAUAAAUUCUAUUUACCAAAUAAACAAAAGUACCAAAACCGUUACAAUUUUUGCAAAAAUUUUCAGUAUUCUUUCUAAAAGUACUAUUUUUCUACUAAUUCCAAAGAUUUCAAAGAUCUGAUCUUAGAUAUAACGAUGUAUCUAGUCAAAAGUAUUCAGUGUCUGUUAAAAAUAUAGCUUAGUUUUAAAAUUGCCUUUAGAUCAAAACUUCGGAAAUGAAAGUCCUAUUGACUUUAGCAGGAACUUUUGAUCAAACUUGCCAUACGAUACAAUUAUCUGUUACAGCUAGAACUUAGAAAAUAAGGAAUAGAUUAGUAUGUUACUGGUAUGAUGAGGUCAUCUUAAAUAACAUUUGUAUAUACUUACCUAUUUAUUGACCUAUGCAUUAAAGGUUAUAUUAUUAGAGAUAUAAGGGGCGUUUCCUUAAUUGGCCACCAUCAAUAUACUAUUAUAGACUUUUGACUAAUAUACUAUUAUAGGCAGUCUUUAGAUUCAAGAUAUUCAAUCAUUUAGAGCAUAAUGCUACGGAAACACUAAGCAUGAUAUCUGAAAUUUCUUCGUUGGUAGUAUAUACUGGUAGAUUUUAAUGAAAAUAUUAACCAAGUUAAUAUCUUUGAUUAUAUCCGACAAACACGUAAUAUUCCAGUCCAAAUUUGGAUUCAUCGAAAUUUUUACCUUGGUCUGGGUUAUUGAGUACGAUUAUGGUACCAAUGCAGAAAGUACAUACUCACAAAAAAAUUGUUGUAUGGUCUGAAAGCUUGAUAGUAGAUUUCAAAGGUGUCUCGACGUCGUAGUCGUUUCCACACAGCAACCUAAAUGAUCUUUUGUAUUUCAGUCUAAAAGAUCUAGGCUCCUAAGAAAGCUACUUAUCCAUUUUGGAGAUCCGCUGGUAGGUUCUAAAAAGGCCUGUCCAAUGUAGGGGAGAAGCUUGUACCUUGGGCCAGCUUGUACCAUGGGCCACCCCAUUUUUCUUUUAUGUUGCGGGCGAACUGUCUAUGUUUCUUAUCUCAAGUUUUUCUACAAUCGUCGUCAUUCUGUGGUUAGUUUUUGAAUGUGAUUAGAAAUCGUUUGUGGCUAUCGUAAAAAUAUAGUGUUUUAUUUCGUGAAAAGUAACUAUUUAUAGGAUACAUAAUUUUCUUUUCUAAUAUUUGUGUUAAUAGGUAUCGUAAAUUAAAUCACAAGGUGUGUAUGCCUAUACUAAUAGGUUGUUAAAAAACAUAGUGAGAAAUAUAACAAAACCCUUUUAUUAGGUUAAAUUCACAUUUGUUUUCUUUUUGGCCGAGUCUUGUACCUUGGACCGCGAUCACGUCUUGUACGUUGGGCCGUACAAAAUUAAUGGGAAAAAAGAAGACACAUUUUUAUGUUGCACAAUCAUUUAGAAUUUAGAGCAUAAUGCUAUGGAAACACUAAGCAUGAUAUCUGAAAUUUCUUCGUUGGUAAUAUAUAUACUGGUAGAUUUUAAUGAAAAUAUUAACCAAGUUAAUAUCUUUGAUUAUAUCCCACGAACACGUAAUAUUAGUCCAAAUUUGUAUUCAUCGAAAUUUUUACCUUGGUCUGGGGUAUUGAGUACGAUUGAUGGUACCAAUGCAGAAAGUACAUACUCACAAAAAAUGUUUGUAUGGUCUGAAAGCUUGAUAGUAAAUUUCAAAGGUGUCUCGACGUUGUAGUCGUUUCCACACAGCAACCUAAAAGAUCUUUUGCAUUUCAAAAGUAACUUCUGUAAGUCCAUAUUUAACGGUUCGAGUAUCUGAAGAGAAUUCUGAAUAGCAACAUAUAUUCUGGACCAAGUGGUCAACAAUUUGACAUUGACAUUGAACUUUAACCACCAAAUCAAGCUGGGUUGUCUGAAAGGCAAAAAGGAGUACAUGUGUUUGACUUAGAUUUUGAGACGUUCAAUGUUGAAUAACACAAUUUUUUGUAUAUAUUUUUAAAGGGUUACGGGUGGUUCAACGUACAAGACUAUGUGGUUAAAGGUACAGUACCGGUUUGUACCUUGUACCCAAAUUAGCUCUAAUAAAUAAAAUUCAAAAAAAGCGUUUUGUUUUAGUAAACUGACCUUUUAAUAUAGUAUACUAUGGUGUGUAAACUAUAAGUUAGUCGAAAAAAUUUUCCUUCAAAUUUAAAAAUUUAAAAAUAAUUGAGAUUUGAAAAAAUCCGGUUUAAGGUACAAGCCUCUCCCCUAUUUAUGGUUUUGCUGAUUAACAAUUACUCCACAACUCCAGACAGUAUGUUCUACCUUUUGUUCAUGCUUCCUCUGUAUUUUUGCAAAAUAUGUAUGUUGCUUUGUCUGAGUUUCCCAUUUUACAGAGAUGAUAUCAGGCUAUCCACAAAGUACGUUACGUUUUGGAACAGAAAAAAACAAGUACAAGAAAAAGAUUUCAUUAUAUAGGUUUGAAAGAGACACCCAAAUACUAUUUUUCCACAUAAUGUCACAACAAAUUCAGGCAUUUAUCGUAGCGGCAACCUAGCUUUGAAAUACUACUGUCAUAAAAUUCUGCCGCCUGAGACUUCAACCAGGUGGUAUUAGUCGCUAGGUGCAAGAUCCGGACUAUAUGGCGGAUGAGAAAACACCUCCCCCUUGAAUUGAAGAGACAAGUUCAUCAGUCAUAAUGCUCGGCCGUCCACUUCGUUUUUCAUCGUGCACAUAAUAUAAAUAUCAAUUGGUUUGUUGCUUUUACAAAACAAGAACCGUACUAUUGCACCGCACAACUGGCGGAUUUUUCGAUCGCGGCACACAUUUCAAACAGCUGUUGUAAAAUAACGAGAAGAGACAGUGACUUCGAGCUAGCAUGGCUGGACAGCUACUGAAUGGAGGAACGCCACGAUGCUAAUAAGAUGUCCUCGCUAGCCCCGCCCCUAGCGGCUACAUAUCAAAACUUAACGAACUUUCUGGAUAUCUAAAUGACCGAUGUUCAGUCCCGGAUUAAGAAUCUUGAGGCCCCUUGACAACCCAAGCUAUGAGGCCUCUUAAGGCCUCCGCCUUCUUUCUUCAAAACCACCUCGGUUAACCCCUCCAUAUCCAUCCUCAAUCUGCAGUUUUAAGUUUAAUCCCUUCUUUCUGUAAUGAUUUACUGACAGCGUUGAUGCGUUCUAAAAUUGUUGCCCAAGCCUCAUUCAUUACGAAUGUUUCUUUUUUUUACAUUUUUUUCAACAAACACUUAGCCUCUUGAACUCUUACAUCCUUUUGAUUAGUGUUUUCAGCAACGGAAUGCACAGCAGAUUUAAAGACGUUGCAACCUUUAGACAAAGCUCUUGUUGCGUUAGCCCUUGUACUCCAUCUAAUGCUGCUUGUUCUUUUAAUGACUACAUCGUGGCGAAUGGGAUCGCUUAGUGGAGUAUCAUUUAAGCAUUUGAUCAUAACUUUUCAACGGUGGGUAGAGGCUGAAAAAAAAUUGUAGAUGGACUGAAAACCCAAAAUACGAUAUUGCGCCAACGCUACUUUCAGCAGCACUUACUCCAACUAAAUUAAGCGAGUGUGCGGCAAAAGGAAUGUAAAUUUCAAGUUUGUUAAUCUUAGAUAAAUGAGCCUGGAUACCAUUAUAUUUAUUUGACAUGUUUGCUGAAUGAUUAUCCUUUUAUGUCGUUUACAUUAAUGCAGCAGUUGCGGUCGUUUAAAACGAUUAAAACAGCAAAAGAAAGAUUUUCUCCAGUAUAGCUACUUAUGGGCAUGAAUGUGAGAAAACCCUCAUACACUUUACUAUCAGCUGGAUUUACAUAUCUUAAUCAAUAGUCAACUGGUCAAUAUGAGACAAAUCUGGUAUUGAAUCGACACUUAAGGAGUAGUAUUUGGCUUCCUUAAUUUUGUAUUGUAUUUUGAAUUGUAUUCAAAACGCGUUUUCCCAUUUACUCUAUUAUUUCUUCCCAGAUCUUUGAAGAUAAGUUAAGAAGGCUUUUCAGUAUCCCUAUUGCCAUACUUAGCUAAAUGAGAGUUUAAAGAGGAUCGUACUCUGCACGUAGCUCUAAAAUGCCUAAGUAGUUCCCAUUAUUUUGUGAAUGAAGGACCCCUGUAUCAUUUAUAAACGCUAAUCCGUGAGAAGAUAAAAACUUAACCGAAACAUAGAACUCUUUUCAGAACUUGAAUCCAGUAAUCUCGUUCUUGAUUAAAUUAAAUUUCCAAGGAGCUGUCAAUUCAAUCAGAAAGGCGCUGCCUGUCGAUGAGUAUUCGCCAAAUGUUCGCCAUGUUCUCCCAAAAGAAUACGUGGAAAGCAGUAAAAUUUCCGUUUGAAGGAGAGUACGUUACCUAUAUAGCCAAUCUCUUUUAAUUUUUGUUACACUGAUAUAUUUUCGAAAACCAUAGAUUGUGUAAAGAUCUUGUAAUGGCGUCAAAAUUUCUUCUUGGUGCUGAAAAACCAUCAAGAUUUUUACUUUCUAAAUAAUCUUUCCCAAUCCAAAAUUUUCAUAAUUCUUCAGUUAUGGUAUUCCAUAAUCAUAUGUUGUUUCCGAAUUUUGGGCCCAAUUUACUUUUAACUUUAAUUUCUAACUUAGUUUCGUUUUCUGGUUCUUUUUUUGAACUGGAGUAUAACUAUCAUUGUAUGUUUUUUCAUCUUUUUCAGUUACGGAAGUUCCUUUUUCAGUGCCUUUUCAUUGGUUGCAGCGUCUCUAGCUGUGGAUUUCCGUGUGAAACGGAGUUUAUGGUAUUGCGCGAUAUUUGAACUUUUCAGCAUAUAUGUGAUUUAUAGUUUUUAUUUAAUUCUAAUUACAUAUUAUUUUUUCGUUUUGGGCCCUACGAGACCCCCUUGGGGCUGAGGCCCCUAGGCAAUUGCCUACUUUGCCUAAUGGUUAAUCAGGCACUGCCGAUGUUCAUUGAGAUUACCUGUGAAUAAUCUCAGAUUUUUGAAACUCUGAAAGUAUUUUUGCGUUUCAAGUAGAAGCGUGUAAUAUUUUUUGUUCCUGAGAUUUAACUGGUAUUAUCUUCCCAGUGAGUCACAAUAAAUUCCUUUUUCGUGUUUUCGGAAGUCUAGUACUACGCGGCUUUUUGGUGUAUUGCAGAAUGAUUCUGGUUUGACAAAAGCAGUAUUAGCCCCUUAUUAUCACGAUUAGCAAUCACAUUACAUUCUAAGAUGAAGCCAAGCAUGCACAUUUUAUUAAUUUUUAAGUUGUAUUUUCAGAUUAUGUUGGUUUUAGUUUAUCAUAAUUAAAUUUUUGUAAACAUUUCCCUCCCUAUAACUGAAGGUGAAUUAUUAUUGCAAAAGAAAACGCCCCCUCAUUUCUAUGACAAUUUAUAGUAAGUCUCACUUAAGUUAGCGCAUAUUGUUGCAAAAAAUAUUUAUUGGAUACGUAUUUAUUUUAUUUAUUUGUUUAUUAAUUUAUUUGUCUGUAUGUUUAUAAUUCGUCCUUUUAGGUAAAAUGAGCAAACUUAGUAGUAUAAUUCAAAUGUUUAUCUAUAGUACAAUCUUUCUGCAGGGCAGAAUAAAAACCAAAUCCAAUAAUAUAAUUUUUUCGCAAAAGUAAUAUAAAUAAUGGAGAACGAUGACUCCUCAAAAAUCAUCAAAUAAUACAUAAAAAAAUUAUAGCAAGCGCUACUUAUAGGGACAGUAUCGUGGAGCAGACUUUAAAGCUACCCAUUUUAGAGCUGCUUAAGUUCUGAAUUAAUUAAGCGGCAAAAUAAACAGUACUUAAAUGAGUAUGCCUCAAAUUUGUACCUUUGUGUCAUGCUCCGAACCGUACGUGCUUCAGGAUGGUUCUCAGUUUUGCAGAAUAAAAUUUUAUCGUGGAGUGUUAUUUUCGAUCAUACGGAAAAAGUCGCGAUAAGGGUCCAAGCUUAAAAUCAACAGUGGUUUCAGCAGGACGAGGCAACCCGUCGCACGGCCAGGGAGCCUCUUCGAAUACUGCGUGAUCAUUUUGAUGCGUACAUAAAUGGGAAAUGCUAAAGUAGGCAGACGGAUCUACAUUCUGGACGGAUCUGACUUUCCGGAAUUGCGGACUGGAAUUAAAGAAUUUUUCGUGCCAGAGGGCAUCUUUAACAUCUGUUUUAUCGGGAACGUCGUCGUGAAUAAUGUUUGCAAGGCUAUAUCAGUACUGUUUAUUUUGCUGCUACUUUUAUUUUGUUGUAUUAAUUCAUAAUACAUACGAACUUGUAUCAUAAACUGCUUGAGUUACAUGCCAUGUAUUUUCCAAAGAUUCAAAGAUCUGUAUUUACCACAUUAUAUACCAAAGAAUGCAUAGACUAAGUACUAUUUUUACCUGAUAAGCUAUAAAACCAAAACCAAUUGUCGAUAUUUGGAUUAUACUACUGAGAAAAAGCGUUGAAAUAGUUUUAAUUAUAAUCGAAUUAGGUCUAGUUUGUAUUUUUAAUUAGAUUGUCUCUCUUUAAUGUAUACGUAGAAAAUGACUUUUAAGCCUUUCUUUGCACGUAAUAUAAUAGAUGUCAUAAAA